UCCAUUAUAAGUGGGAGGUGAGACGAGUUACGGGCAGUUAUUUCGUCGACUUGUCACCAGGUGACGCUGUUAUCGUUACUUAUAAAAUGGCGAUUCUCUUCUUCUUCAUUCCGCUUCGUCUCUCCUUCAAAUAACCGUUUCUAUUUACACAAUUAUAUCCAUAAAUGUCACCUCUCUACUGAAUUCGACAUACAACACAUUGGCUGGAACAUAUAUAUUAUACUGUGCGUGUGUCUUUCUCAUACAACACUGGACUGGGUGUAUAUAUAUAUAUAUAUAAUGUCACUUCAUUGACUGGGAUAUAUAUACAUAUAUAAUAUAUACACACACGUAUAUAUACACACACAUAUAUAUACAUGUAUAUGUUGUCUCUGUCGUGAAACACAUUGGAUUGCGAUAUAUAAAGCACCGUUCUUCGCUAUAUAUAUAUAUAUAUAUAUAUAUAUAUAUAUAUAUAUAGUUCAUAAUUUAUUAAUUUGUGUAUAGAGUGUUAUUGUGGUGGUCGUCUUCUCUCUGAUGGAGUUGCAGUGAUGGACAUAAAGAAGAAAUUGAAGCUGUUGAUAGGCAAACAGGACAGUAUCCAGUCCCCUACAGAUGAAGCCGUCAUCAGCCCUCAACAGUUGAGUUCUGACCCAGCUGUAACAAAAUCUAAAGCUGAACAGUUUCGGGAUCCCCAUGUGGAUCAGGAAAUACUGGAAAGCAUUGAAUCCUUUUAUUAUAACUCGGAACAGUUUGACACCAGUGAGUAUGAACUAAAGAAAUUACCUGAGACAUUGGAACUAAGCCAGAUUGAUGCCGACAGAGCAAGAUUAAGGGGUCAACUGGAUGUGGUGUCAAGGAAGGUUUAUGAAUUGGUACUGCAGAACCACCCUGCCUAUGUCACAGAACUACAACGUGUCAUGGAAUUACAGAAAACCUUGCAAUCAGCAGGUGGGAUAUGUACCACAGGACGUAGUCAACUACUGAAAGCCAGAGAGAGUUUUACUGCAACAAGUCUUGGCUUAUUGGCAAAUUACCGUAAACGAAGCCAGCUAAUGUCGUUACUUAAGUCUCUACACACAAUCAAAACAUUGGUAAAAACGUCCAUCUCUCUCUCUCUCUCUCCACAGGAAGAAGACUACAGUGGUGCCAUCCAGUUAUGUCUAGAGUGCCAAAAUGCUGCCAGUACCUUCAGACAUUACCAUUGUAUCAGUGAACUGAAUUUCAAACUCCAAGACACUUUGGAACUCAUCGAAGAACAACUAGAUGUAGCAUUGUCAAAGACCUGCAACAGUUUUGACGUUGCUCACUACAGCAAGGUGCAGACGGCCUACAGACUUCUGGGUAAGACACAGGUUGCCAUGGACCAGCUACACAUGCAUUACACCAGUGCAAUCCACAACACAGCGUUCACAAUCGUUCUUGGUUAUGUGGAGCUCUACUCUGGCACCACUUCAACCAACUUUCAGAAAAAGCAAUAUUCAGAUUUAUGCAAACACAUCACUGUAGAGAGUUUUACACCGUGCCUCACUGACCUCUGCAAAGCAUUAUGGGAAGUGAUGAAGUGCCACUACAAGACAAUGUUGUGGCAUAAACAACACAAUGCCGACACACCAGACUCCGAGCCACCGUCCAACAACGAGGAACUGUCGUUCAACCAACGUUAUGUUCAGCAGAAGCUCCAGCAUGGCAUGUUGCGUAUCUGGCAAGAUGUUCAACAGAAGGUGAAGACAUUCAUCCUGGGAACCGAUUUGUCUUUCUUUAAAUUUGAGGAAUUCAUUCUCGUAUUGGAUCUCGUUAACAGAUUAAUAGAAAUUGGUGAAGAGUUUUGUGGCAGCAAGUCUGAGAGUCUGCAAGAUGUCCUUCGACAACAAAGUCUUAAUUAUUUCCGCAACCAUCACAGAUCCAGAAUGGAUGAGUUACGGAUGUUCCUGGAGAACGAAGGCUGGGAGUUAUGUCCGGUGCGAUCCAACUUUAACCUCCUUCAGCUUUUGGAAUUCCGAUUUAUGCAAAACUGGAAUUUAAACACUUCCAGCAAUUCUUCAAUGUGCAGCGGCAAUCAGUUUGACACGAAGGAAGAAUUAGGUGGUUACUUCAGUAAUUUAGAAGAGAAACGAAACCCAUUUGAUCUUCAGCUUGAAGAAGAUGAACAGGAAGAUGUCUUUGCUCGAACACUGGACCGUGAUGAUCUCGACGGCAGCAUUGGCAGUGACAGUGACUCGGACGUUGCGGAUGAACUGAAGCAGGAAUUUGUCGAUGAACACACUGGUGACAUGCAGACACACAAUCAUCGACCUCGUGCACGGAGCAGAAGUGGAUUAAAAUCUGUAGCCAUUGUUACCAACACUUCUCUGAAUAUACUCCGAGUUAUAGGGAGAUACAUGAAAAUGAUGAACAUUUUGAAGCCGAUUGCCUUUGAUGUGAUCAGCUGCAUGUCUCAGCUGUUUGACUACUACAUGUACUCGGUCUACAUUUUCUUCAGUUCUGAUGGGCCAGAAAUCAAUGACAUCACAAUGAAAAACCGACUGAAAAUUACGUUACAAAGAGUUGGUGAAAGUUUAAUUGCUGAUGGUUCUGUGUCAGUUGGCAAUGGAUUGGUGCCACCGGAGAAAACGGACAAGAUCCGCCAGGCCUACCUCUCACCAACCGUCAACCUCACCAAUCCUCAAAAACUAUUUGGGCUUUCAGAGAGAAUCGUUGCUGCUGAAUCACUUGUGUUUCUGGCCGAACAAUUUGAAUUCCUGCAGCCAUACCUGGACAGUAUGAUUCCGGUCAACAAGAAAGCAUUUCUCCAACAGUUUUAUUCACAAACUGUGAAGAUGGCAAGUGAACUGCGUAAACCAAUCUACCGUGUUGUGUCGUCGCAAGUGAUUGAUUACGGAAGCCUUGUCCAGCAGAUGUCAGCAGUGAAGUGGGAUGUGAAGGACAUUAUGUCCCAACACAACACAUACGUUGACAGCAUCUUGGAAAGUUUCCAAGACUUCCGUAAUCGUCUUCAUGAAGUUAGUCGUCAUGUCCCGGUCUCCAAGGUUGUCCAUGACAUCAUCUGGGAACACUGCAUAUCGUUGGCCAAUCAUAUGUUUGUUGAGGGCUAUGCCAACGCCAAAAAGUGCACCAAUGAAGGUCGUGCAUGGAUGCAGCUGGACUUUCAACAAUUCCUCACCAAACUUGAGAAGUUUGCUGACAUCAGACCAAUUCCUGAGAGAGAAUAUGUCGAGACUUACAUCAAGGCUUAUUAUUUACCUGAAGCACAACUUGAGAUUUGGUUACAAGACCACAAGGAAUACUCAAACAAGCAGCUGUUGGCUUUGAUCACAUCAGUGGACCACAUUAACCGUAAAGCACGGCAACGAUUGGUGAACAUGGUGGAGGAGUUUGACAAAACAAGGAGAUGAUGAUGAUGAAAGUGAUGGUGAUAGUGAUAAUCAUUAUUAUAGUGGUGGUGGUGGCCAUGUACGUUUUUAUGUGAGGAAAAAAAUAUGAUCUGAGAAGAAUGUAUAUGUCAUAGUUAAUAGUGUAGAAAACACCCUUAAAACAUUAACAGGUGUGUGUAUAUAUACACUUGUGAGUCUGUGUGUGUGUGUUUAAGUGUUUCAUUGAAAUACAUUUUUAUUUUCUAAUGUUGAUCAGUUAAAUUGUACAUCAGGACCCAGAUUCCUGGUGACGAAGAUAACACAACUGUACAACACCUUGUAAUACUGCACUAUAGUAUUAUACAAUACUGUAAGUCUGCAGUUACUAUUUACACUAAUGUCUGUAUCACACUUCUGGAAAUCAAAAGCAAGUUCUGGUGGUACAGAUUUUAAUUAUCCGAACUUGGGACCAAUUAUUAAAAACAAAAACAUCUCACAACAGACAACAUAUCACAUUCAGCAUAUCAGACAGACAUCAGACCACCACGUCUCUCUCAACAAAUAAGACAUUCUUAAUUACCAGUUAAUAUAACAUUAGUUUAUGUAAUAGGCCCCAUGGUCUGUUGAGCUCACUGAUCAACUUGUUUGUUUAUAGCAGUGGGUGGGGUGGGGAUUAGAGGGCAGAAUAUUUAGGUUUGAAGUAAAUACCUUGUGGUAUUAAGUUGUGCCCCCUUGAAACUCUUUAGUUUAUCUUGCCAAAAUUAAUUUUGCCUUACAGGUCAACUAAUUACCAAUGAAGGACUAAGUUCAUUUAAUGCUACCUCUAUUUGCCCCUCCCUGGGGGGCCUUGUGCCAAUGUUAGAAAUCCUUAUUGCCUUUUAUUCCUCUGGGUUCAAUAUAAAUAUACCAGUCAUGCACUGGGGUUUCAAUAUUAAGGGCAUUGUGUCAACCUAAGAUAUCGAAGGGUGGGGGAAGAAUUCUAAACGCCUCCCCCCCACCACCUCUAUUCAUAAUACGUAUAGAGGUGAUGAGAUUGUGUAACAUUGAUGCCUUUCUCGUCCUCCUUCAAAAGUGUAAUGAUUUCAACUGAAAAAAAUCACAAUUGGUUCAUCAUCUCAGUUAUAAGAUACGCACAUGUAAGGGGGCAACUCAAGGGGUCGGCUACAAGAAGGGCAUCCAGCUGUAAAAAACACUGCCUCAGAAAAACCAUCCAACCCAUCCAUGCCAGCAUGGAGAAGUGGGUUGUUACUCAUCUACUGGUGUCAGUCUUUAGAUUGUGGCCAUGCUGGAGUACAACUGUGGCACAAAAUUUUAUUUCUUUUUGGUUCAUUACAUCCAUCUCAAUCUUUUCUCUGGUUCUUAUAUUAGCGACCUGAGUAGAAGGGAAGGCAAAGUUUACCUGGGCAUAACUCAAUACUAUGUGCAGUAUUUUUGUUCAACACUCCCCUCUCAAUUCUGCACCCACCCCCCUCCUCCCAAUCGCUAAUGAACUUUCACAAACUUUAACAUCAAUUAAAUAUUUCAUUCACAAUCUUUGGGGAUCAGAAACCCUGAAAUAAAAUAGAUACCCAACUUACUGUGGAAAUAGAACUUGGAACCACAUAAUUGCAAACUGCUUAACCCCCGCCCCAGCCAUGGAUCUGUUGCACCUUUUUUUUUUUGAGAGAGAGGGAUUAAUGAGAUAAUAUUUACCUCUUAUAGUUUGUGACCCAUUGAUUCCCAUUUCAGGAACUUCUGCUAGUUCUAGUUAAGGGUUCCAUUCUUUAGGAGCUGAGCAGGGCAUGUUUUUGUUUUUAUUUUUUUGUUGCUUAAAUCUCAACUUGCGAGUGAAAGGUGUCAACUGGCUCCUAUAAAGAAAUAAAAACUGACAACCUACACUGUAAAUAGAAUAAUAACAAUGUUUUGUGACAUAACAACAAUACUUGUUACAUUCGCAAGUUGACAGAAUCCCACAAGGUUUAGGCUGUUUUUCUAACACAUAUCAAACAGUGUGUUGUCUGUUAUUAUUUGGUAUGUAGGAGAGAACAGACCUAACACUUCCCAGCCCCUGUUGUCAUUAGUAACCAAAACAGGGAGAUCACAACCUAAAAGAGGAGCACAAAUAUACAUACAUACACACCAUCUUUGAAAUUGAACUCCCUGUUUGACAAAUCUGUGUGUUGCGUGUGUGUGUCUAUAAGUAUGUCCUGUGUGUGCAUAUUUGAGGGCACCUAUUUUAUGUAUAACAGCAUGCUGUGUGUGUGUGUGUGUGUGUGUAUAUACACACACCCCUAUGUCCCCCACCCCCUUUCACUAAGUGGACCAAUUAAGUCGAUUAUUUAAGAUAAUUCCUUUCUGUACAUAAAUUUAUUUUUGUUCAAUAAAU